UCCACUUGUUGGAUUGGACAAAAAUUCUUGCAAUUUCUCAUGCGAAGAUUUCUUCGCUCUAUUCUAAAAUUACUUUUUACUCUUUUAAUUCUUAUUAAUUUGUUUACAACAUUUUCUGAAGCACUGGCUCAUUGGCGAGUAAAUCAAAAGCAACACUCGCUCGUUGCUCUUAAUGAUGAUGAACUGAAGCAGUUGGCAGCAUUGACAGAUAUUGUCUCUAUCCGAUCCCUGCUUCAACCAAUUCUGGUAGAACGUCAAGUUGGGACUGAGGAGCAUAAAAAAGUUGGACAGUACUUGAAAACAAAAGUAGAAGAAUUUGGAUUUACGACAGAAUGGGACAGUUCUCCAAUGAUGACACCAUAUGGAGAGAAAACUUUCAACAAUUUAAUUGCUACACUUAAUCCUCGGGUCCAUAGGCGACUGGUUCUGGCCUGUCAUUAUGAUUCUAAAAUAUUGCCAGGACAAGUUUUUAUUGGUGCAACAGAUUCUGCCUUACCUUGCGCACUUUUACUAGAUAUUGCAAAAACGCUUCAAAAAAGGAUUUCUUUUCGAGAUAACCAGGAAGCUUUUCGCGUAUGGUCUGAUCACGAUUCAAUUUAUGGUGCUAGAGCUCUUGCUAAAACUUGGGAACGAAAAUGGUAUCCAACAACAGAUGGAAGUGGCUUUGUACUGGGAAGAGAACUUGAUAGAAUUGAUGUACUAGUUUUACUUGAUCUGCUGGGUGCUAAAAAGCCUAGAAUACAGUAUAGCUUUGGACAUAUGAGUGAAAAAUUGUUUCAAAAUCUUCCACGCAUCGAAACCGAUCUGAGCCGUUUGGGUGUAAUAAACAAGCUUCCACGUAUUUUCUUCCCUGGAGUAUCCUAUAGUGCAGCCGAAGACGAUCAUAUACCAUUUUUACAUAGAGGAGUUCCUGUUAUGCAUUUAAUUCCUAUGCCUUUUCCUGAUGUUUGGCAUUCACCAAAGGAUGAUGUAAAUGUUUUAGAUAACCCUACAAUUGAAAAUUUAGCAAGCAUAAUUCGAGUUUUUGUUGCUCGUUAUUUGGGUAUCCAUCCGGCAUAA